AUGGUGGAGCUGAAGAUGGCGGAUGGCGACAGCGGGAGUGAGCGAGGUGGUAGCAGCGGGGGAGGAGGCGGAGGUGGAGGUGGCGGUGGCGGUGGCGGUGGAAGCGGCUUCCAGCACUUUCAGAGGGACCAAGAGACCCAGGAACUAGCGUCCAAGCGCCUCGACAUCCAGAACAAGCGCUUCUACCUGGACGUCAAGCAAAACAGCAAGGGCAGGUUCAUCAAAAUCGCCGAGGUAGGGGCCGGUGGCUCCAAAAGUCGCUUGACCCUCUCCCUGUCAGUGGCGGCGGAGUUCCGCGACUACCUCGGGGAUUUCAUCGAGCACUACGCCCAGCUGGGGCCUAGCAGUCCCGAGCAGAUAGCCCAGGCCACCGCGGGUGAGGACGGUGGGCCCAGGCGAGCUCUCAAGAGCGAGUUUCUCGUCCGAGAAAACCGCAAGUACUACCUGGACUUGAAGGAGAACCAGCGGGGGAGGUUCCUGCGGAUCCGACAGACCGUAAACCGUGGACCUGGCUUCGGUGUCGGGGGCCCUGCGGGCGGCAUGCUGUCCGGCCAAACCAUAGCCCUUCCGGCCCAGGGGCUAAUAGAGUUUAGAGACGCCCUUGCUAAGCUCAUAGAUGAUUACGGGGGAGACGACGAAGAGCUGACCGGGGGCAUGGCCGCCGGGGGCUACAGCGAGCUCCCCGAGGGCACCUCCAUUAUGGUGGACUCCAAGCGGUUCUUUUUCGACGUCGGGUCCAACAAAUACGGAGUGUUCCUGCGUGUGAGCGAGGUGAAGCCGAGCUACAGGAACUCUAUCACCAUCCCGUUCAAAGCCUGGAGCAAAUUUGGAGGAGCUUUCAGCAAAUAUGCCGACGAGAUGAAGGAGAUCCAGGAGAGGCAGAGGGAUAAAAUGUACGAGAGGAGAGACGAGUCCGAGGGGGACGAGGUGGACGACGACUGAUUAAAAAAAAAAAUUAAACAGCUGUUAGUCAAGUUACAUGACAGAUCUGCAAUUUAGGGGUAUUUUGCAUAAAAGAGAAAAAGCAGAAAUGACAAAGUGCAUGACAAAUCGUGCUGUAAUAGCCUACUAAAGUUUCGUGGCGUAUAAAAAAAAAAGUACAUGUGCAGGGAAUUAUUGGUGUAUUAUCCUAAGGGUUGAGGGUUGGAGUGAUUGUGUGAAUCUCUGAAAGUGAAAAACAAGUGGACUAAAUGUGUAAAUGAGAUGAUCUCAUUGGAAAAAAAGAGUGCUUUAUUGUAAAAAGAAAAAAAAAAGAGGAAAAAGAGAACCUACUAAAACCAGCAGAUUGGUUUUUAUAACUAGAAAUGAAGCCAAUGAAUGCUUUCCUA